AUGGCCGACGGAAUGCAUCCAGCCGCUCUCUCCUAUUUUACCGCUCGUUUCGAUCGCAUUGAGGAGAAAAUCGAAAGCGUUGAGCAAUUCGUCCUGGAGCUUCGGCAGCUGUGCGCCGGAAUGACGUGAGUAUAAUUAUGAUCGAAUUGCAAUAAAACUACUGUAUUUUCCAGCGGAGACGCCUAUUUCUCGUCGUCGGGUGUUUCGUCAGGCGAGCGGUCAAAGUCUAUCUCGCCCGACAACAAAAGAGUCGUCGUGAGUCUAUCGAGUCGGGAAGUGUCUGUGUCGCCAAGCGAAUCGAUUGCCGAGCGGGAGAACUCAUUGGAAAAUGAGGUUCUCGGCAAGGAGGUUGAUGACGAUUCGACGGAUGAGAUCUCGCACGACCUCGCUGUUGUUCAGGGCAGAAAGAAGCAGCAGGAGUACGCGGAUCGCGGAAACUGGUUUGCGGACGAAGACGUGACCGCGAAAACAUCUUCCGGAGGGCCAGACCAAUCGGAGAAGCCAUCUGGAGAGGGCGGAAGUGGCGAGACGCAGACGCCGUCCGCAGAAGAUCCACAAGGAAGCGAAGGAGGCGCCGAGGAAGAGCAAAAAAUGGAAACUGACACUAGCACGAGCCAGAAUCGUCCAUCGCAAGGACAGUAUCUGACUUUCUCGCCGCCGCCGGUGAAGCGGCGUUCCUUCGAAGCCGGCGCGGUCCCCGCCUCUUCGCAGCCCGGAAUUUACGCAGUUGUCGAUGGAAUGGCGGUUAUUCCGCCGUCUGCCGCCGAGCCACGCGCACAACCCCAAGCGGUUUGUAAACUAAAUUCAAGACGAGAGAAAUAAAGUCAUUUUUCAGGAAGAGGAAGAAGAACGCUCACCCGAAGAGUAUUAUGCAGAGUUGGAACAGUUGUCCCGCUUGCUUGGAAAUGUCAAUAUUGAAGAGCACAUUCCUUCCGCGCCCGACGCCGAUCACCCACUCGAACAACAGCCGCCACGAGGCCCAGAGGAGGCUCAAAACUAA